AUGAUGAAUUUUCCUUCUAGAAAUAUUCUUUUAAAUGUUAAAAAUCUUCAAUAUUUUGUUUCAGUAGAAUUAAUGAGUAUUAUAUUAUUUACUAUUAUUGGAAAAAAAGAGAGAUUAAAAUAUUUUGAAGAAUUUUUGUUUCAAUUAAAUACGUAUUUGGAUGAAUAUAUAGCUUUUUUAAAUGAAAAACUUGAAAUUGAAUUUAUUGAUAAAUCAGACUAA